UACUUUCUUUGCUUAAGACUGAAGAGCUACGCAAGUUUACAGAGAGGUUUCUUACGACACAAAGUACCUACGCGAAAGUUACGAAACAUAUGAAAUUGCUGAAAACAUUGACUUUUAUCUCACACAGAUCUAAGAAAGAUGAACAAUGGCAGCAGGGACAGUAAAGCGCAAGACCUUCCCCGUGGUCUGAUAGAUAGAAGAGGCACACCUGCAGCGAAAGCAGCCAGGUUACCAUCUCUAAGAGGUCCUCGAGAUUUGACUCUUGGUGGAGUACCUAAGAAAAUUUAUGCACCUACUAUUCCUGUCAGAAAAGAAAGACCUAGAGAAGGAGCCUCAGAUCAGCAUGAUACAAAAGAAAGCCAAAAUCCAUUUAAGGAGCACUCCGGACGCAGUAGAGGGAGGGGUGGUGGUCGAGGUAGAGGGAGAGGUCGAGGUCAAAGCAACUUAAUUCAGACUCCCUCUCUUUUUGAAAUGGGACCUGCUGUAGACCCUGGCUACAAAAGUGGAAGCAGCAGUUAUGAUGGAAGAGUUGGUGGUGGCUUUUCUGGAGGAAAAGGUGGUGCACCAGCAAGAGUAAAGCAGGAAAAUGCAAGGAGGGGUGGAGAAAUACAAAACCAGACCCUUGACCAUUUGCUUAGAGAUGAUUUUAUUGCAGAUGGACCAGAAGAUGAUCCAGAUAUGAUUCCUGUUAUGCUCCCUAUGUCAUCUGUUGCUAUGGAAGAGCUCAAGAGAGAACAAAAAGGCAUUUCUGGAGAUGCUACAAUACAUAUAAAACAAGAGCCUAUGGAUUGUGACAAUGAAGGAAGCAAAUAUCAGCCAACACAAACCCCCACUUCAUUUACUAAGGAGGAAACAAUACAUCAUAAAAAAGAGGAUAGAAUGUCUGUUAAUUAUUUGCUCAACUCAGUUGCAAAGUCAGAGAAAGAGGAGCUUAUUUUUCUCCAGUUGCCAGAUGUUUUGCCAGGAGUACCUAAAGGUCUUCAGCUAGGGCUUAGUGAUGGGAGCACUGGCACAGCCAACAAAGAAAACAGAGAGAAUGAUGAGCUGGAAAAGAAAAUGGGUGCAUGUUCAUUAGAUCACUUUUCUGAGGGAUACGUAGGAAAAUUACGGGUACGGAAAUCAGGAAAGGCAGAACUGGUGCUUGGUGACAUCGUCUUGGAUGUUACUAUGGGUACAUCAUGUGGAUUCUUACAGGACGUGGUUUCAGUUCGAACAGGAGAAAAUGACAAGCAUAUGACUGUUCUUGGUCAUUUAAGCCAUCGACUGAUUUGCUCACCAAACUUUGAAUAUUUAUUUAACAUCUGAAAUAGCACAAAUAGUGCAGUGACCAAUUAAUUUUGAGAGAAUAAAUGUGAUGUCUGUUUUAAUGUCAAAUUUGAGCAGCAUUGAUGCUUGCUUUGGAAAAUUACAUUAAAAAAUGAAAAACUGGUU